AUGGGGCCCCCUGAUAUUAGAAGAAGGGAUAGGCGAUGCGAAUAUCACAAGGACCAUGGCCACAACACUAACAGCUGCUAUGCACUGAAAGACCACCUGGAGAACCUACUGUCGCCAGCCCAAAUACAUACAAUUCAGUUGCAACCUAACCUGUCCAAGCCAAUCACACCAAUCAAACGGCCCCAUGAAACUGGCAAGAUUAGCAUCGACAACAUCGACCUAGACAGAGCAACUCUCCCCCACGUUGAUCCCCCCGUCAUCGAGCUACGCAUGAACAGAUUCACAGUCGAGCGUGUUCUCAUCAAUCAGGGAAACACCUCAGAAAUAAUGUAUUACAAAACAUUCAUUAAACUCGGCUUCACUGAUUCGGACCUGUUACCGGCCGAUUACCUACUGUUCGGCUUCAACGCCAACCCCGAGUACCCUUUGGGCAAGAUCACACUACCAGUACAGGCGGGUACCAGAUCAGUCAACGUGGAAUUUUUGGUCAUCAAACUCCCGUCACCAUACAAUCUUAUCAUAGGAAGGACCUGGCUACAUGCUAUGCAGGCUAUGCCAAGCACCUACCAUCAACUACUCCGCUUUCUAAUUGAAUAUGGCAUAGAGCAUAUUCAAGGCUCUCAGAAAUCGGCACAGGCAUGCUAUCUUAUUGCUGCUGCAAAAAGGCCAAAGGAACUAAAAGUGAACUUAAUUGAAGUACCGAAUCGAGAAAGACUCAAGGACAUUGGAAAAAACCCCUAA